AUCAGUAGUAAAUGCAACAAUUAUUGGUAUGGAAACACUGAUUGAUGACUGUGAUUGGCCAAAACAGUUUCAAGAAAUCAAGAAAAUAGAUAGCUUACUUCGUUGCUCAAUAUGUUUUGAAUAUUUUAACAUAGCAGUUGUUGUUCCUGCUUGUUCUCAUAAUUACUGUUCUUAUUGUAUUCGUAAGCACAUAUCAUACAAAAAGCAUUGUCCUACUUGUUUCAUACCUCUUUUGGAUACUGAUCUAAAGUGUAAUCGUGUGUUAGAUGAGCUAGUACUUUACUUUCAAGUUGUGAGAAAAAAAUUGCUUGAUAUCCUAGAGAAGUACUAUAGCAUCACAAGUCACUCAGAAUGUCCUAGUAAUUUGUCUAAAUGCACUGAAGUUUGUCAAGUUGUUAAGACAGAAUCAGAUGAAUUUGAACCAGUGCCAAAUUUUCGAAUGACAGCUACGUCAAGUAAUCAAAAAAAAUCGUCUAAGAUUUCAAAGAAAUUAAAAGAAACAGUUAAAUCAAAUGAUCUUAAUAAAUGUUUUACAUCUCAAAGCACUACCACUAGGAAUCCUGAUAACGCUGAGGAUAUGGCUUGUUGUCCAGUUUGCAAUGAGCCAAUUCCAAUAAAAAGAAUUAAUAUCCAUUUAGAUGGAUGUUUAAAAGCUAAAGAAAGAUCAUUAAAAUACGAAAAUAUGAAAACCAAAGAAUCAGAAACAAAUACAGAAGAUGAUGAGAUGAUUGAUUUUACUUCUUCACGUGAUAUUGAAAUUGCUGACAAAAAUGAAAAUGCUACCAAAAAAAUUGAAAAAAUGAAAAUUGAAAAACAAGAAAAUAUAGUCAAGAUUGAAACAUCAAAUGAUUUAAUUUUGUCAUCUGCAACUAUAUUGAUGAAACCUCUGGCCAAGGUUUGCUUUGACUCGCUGAGUAAUAAACAACUUCGCAAUAAAGCAAAAUCUUUUGGGUUAUAUACCAUAGGAGAUAGAAAAGCAUUGACUCAGAGAAUUAAUCACUAUAUUCUUCUGUAUAACUCACAAUGUGAUUCAUCACAUCCUUUAAGUGCACAAGAAAUUGCUAUGCAGGUUUCAAAGGAAGAAGAACAGCUGAAAAUACAUGGUUACAAAGCCAAUGUUUUGCCUCAAACCUUUGACCUUCGUUAUUCAGAGGAAAAAAAGCAAGAAUUUACUCUCAACUACUCAAAUCAUUACAAUAAAGAGUUUGUGAAUCAUAUUGAAACGAUCAAAUCAAGAAAAAAGUCAAUGGUUACAGCAUCUUCGCAUAAAAAGCUUUUACCAUUAAAUCAAUCAAUGACAGAGGGAAAAAGUGAUUUGCCUAUAAAAAGCAAUCAAUUAAUUAUACAUAGUUCUUUUGAUGUAAAUAAGGAGCAUAAACCUUUUAGUUCUUUGAAAACAGAAAAAAAUAAAGAUGCUAAAUAUGAAAGUUCUUUUUGUGAAGGUACAAUCAAAGAAGAUUCUGUUUUCAAUCAGUUAAUCAAUCAAGAACCAAAUAAAAAUAAUAACAAUAAUAUUAUGAAUACAACAAUGGUAUCAUUAGAUAAAAACUGUUUGAAUAGUUCUUUUAAAUCAACAUGCUCCCCUGAAAAAAUACAAAAAAACUAUAGAAUUAAAUUACCAUUGUUUUCUAGUUCUUUUGAAGGUGAUAUCAAGAUAAAGGAUCACAGUGAAAUUGAUAAUAGAUUUCAUCAACUCUCACCUGUGUGUGAAAACAUUCAGGAAACAGAACACACCUCUGAAACUGAAAUUAGUUUUAAUCAACUUUUAACAGUGAAUAGAAACAUGCAGAUUGGAAGAAAACAACUUGCUAAAAAAUCUUCUGUUAAUUUAAAGAGAGGUUUAAAGAGAUCCAGUGAUUCAGAAUGUUCUGUAUCAAAUAAAAAAGCAAAAAAAAACAAUUUUGACUUAAAUGCUUCUGAAAAUCGCUUUAUAAAAAUCGAAGAUGGUCUUCAACAUCAAUCUAUAAUUGAAAUUUCCGAUAGCGAUUCUGAUGAAACCUUAUUUCAUAUUUCAGGACUCACAAAUGAGAUCAGUUUAUUAGUUGAUGAAGCAGUGAUGAAUCCAUAUAACUCUACAACUAUUUCUAAAGAUGAUGAUUCAGAUUCAUGUUUAAUCCCUGACGUUCCAACUGACUUUGAAUUAUUUUCUAGUUUUAAAUUUUAAUGUAAAAUAUAUGAAUGCAAUUAUUAUAAUUAUUUUAA